AACUUUUCGGUGUAUUUAUAUCAUUGGGUUGAUGAUUUUUAAAAAAAGAAUAAAUAAUAUUAAAAUGUGUAAUUAGCAAAUUUUAACGAGAGAAUUUUAGACAGUUUAAAGAAUGAAGAUUGCAGUAGAAGGCUGUUGCCAUGGUGAGCUGGACAACAUAUAUCAAACAAUAGAAUAUCUCGAGAAAAAGAACAAUUUUAAGGUUGACCUACUUUUAAUAUGCGGAGACUUCCAAUCUGUACGAAACAUGGCCGACAUGGACUGUAUGGCUGUGCCACAGAAACACAAGAAAAUGAAUACCUUUUAUAAGUAUUACUCUGGAGAGAAAGUUGCACCAAUACUUACAAUAUUUAUUGGAGGGAAUCAUGAAGCAUCAAACUAUCUACAGGAACUACCCUAUGGUGGUUGGGUGGCCCCAAAAAUAUACUACAUGGGUUAUGCUGGAGUGGUGCAGGUUGGUGGUGUCAGAAUUGGUGGUAUGUCAGGUAUCUACAAAGGCAAAGACUAUAUGAAAGGACAUUUUGAGCACCCACCAUAUUGUGAAGAUUCAAAACGAUCAGCAUAUCACUUGAGAAACUUUGAUGUUUUCAGGUUAAAACAGGUAAAAAAUCACAUAGAUAUCUUCAUGUCUCAUGAUUGGCCAAGAGGAAUUUACAAGUAUGGUAAUGUGAAUAAACUGGUGAAGAAAAAGAGGUUUCUUGCUGAUGAAAUUGAAAAAGAUAUCCUAGGAAAUCCUAUGGCUGCAGACCUUCUAAAGUUAUUACAGCCAACAUACUGGUUCUCGGCUCAUCUGCAUGUCAAGUUCCCGGCUGUCGUACAACAUACAGAAGAGAUAAAUUCAAAGACUACUAAAUUUCUUGCAUUAGAUAAAUGUUUACCAAGGAGGGAGUUUUUACAGGUGAUUGAUGUACCACAUGACAGCUCUAAGCCAAUCAAAUUACAGCUUGAUGUUGAAUGGCUGGCCAUUCUUAAACUGACCAAUCAUAUGUUGAGUUUAACCAAAGCGCCUCAUUAUCCUGGCGGGGUGCCAGGAGAAAGGACAAAGUUUACGCCAACAAAGGCAGAGAUGGAUGCUGUUUGUUCCUGCUUCGGUGGCAAUCUUACAUUUCCUGAAAAAUUUGAACCCACUGUUCCAGCGUAUGACCCGAAACUGUCCAAACAACAGAAUAAAAUGCCAGCACCGCAGCCCGAGAUUAAUCCCCAGACCACUUUGCUGUGUAGUAUGCUAGACCUUACCGACCCAAAUGCCGUGUUUCUCGGAAAAGAUUCCCAAUACGACCUUCCAGAUGAUGCUGAAAGUGAAAAAGUUGACGGGGCAGGUGAUGAUGAUGAUGACAAUGAUGAUGUUGAUGAUGAAGAUGACAGUGAACUAAGUUUUAUUUCAAUGACCGAAAGUGAGAAGAGUUUUAGUGAUCGAAGUAUAAGCUUUAUGUCCACGGGAAAUGAUAGUAUACUUUCAGCUGGUAGUGAAAGUUUUAUUUCCGUUGGUAAUCCUGACGAAAUUUCAAUUAAUGAAGAUGAGGAAAAUGUUGCGGCUGCUGAAAACUUAGAUGUGAAUACAAACUCAAAUAGAGGAGGAGUAGAUUCUCCUGGUAAACUGUUCAAAGUUCAGAAAAGAAUGAGUUUAUCAGAAAAGUUGAAACAGUGCCCACCAAGUGAAUCGGGGAGUAGUUCAGAUACGGGUCCAUCUUCACAAGACGAGGUAAAUGAUGAUGCAGAAUUAGCGGAUAUAUUAGCCGCUCAGAAAUCAGACCGAUUGAAGACGGGAACCGGAAUGUUCUCUCCCGGAAAGUCGGACUCUGACUCGGAAAUAGUUGACAGUAGAAAUAGCUCGUCUAGUUUAGAUUGUAAGUCACUAGAAAUCAGUGAUGAUGAUCCAGAAUUGCAAGAAAUGUUGUCGGCACAAAGUUCGAAUAAGAAAAAUGAAAGUGUAAUAAUGGAGAUGUCAGCUGAAACUGAGGAUGUAGAAUUUCAAGCAAUAAUGGCCGAACAGAGAAAAGGCAAGGCGGUUUUAGAAAGCCUACCGGAAUUAACGGGCGAUGCGGAGCUUGAUAAACCUCUAAACCAUUCAAGUCCUAUAGUGAAUUUGGAAAAUAAAUAUUUAGAGGACUCUUUAGAGAAAACAGGACAGAAAAGACUGGAUACUCCAAAAUGUAUAAAAAGUCCAGCGAGUAAAAAGUUUAAAAGGAGAAAUCAAGACAUGUAUGUGAAAGAAGACAGCGUAGAAGAAUUUUAAUUUUGAAUUUCUUUUUAUUUUUUAGCACUGGGAAUCAUGUUAAUAUAUAAUAUUGUUUCUACGGUGAUGUAUUACCCAUUAGGAUCUCUGAUGCUAGGACCACAUUUGAGAAUUGUUACUGUCUUGAUUAAAGUGACCUUCAGCUUUUCUAAAAGUUAGAUAUGUUAUUUUAAGAUCUACUUUUACAUAUUAUUGUCAAAUCAAAAGAAUUAAGGUAUAUAAUGAAAUUAGUCAUUAAUAAAAUACAUAAGCAAUAAGGAACAUCUGGUCUGCUCUCUAUGUAAAUUAGUAAAGCGGACAAUUCCUUUCCCAUUCUUUUAUUUUUAGAAACGAAAGUCACUGCGGGCUAUAAAACGCUGUUUUGAAGGCCUUAAGUGAUUUGAUGCAUUUUUCCUGAACUAAUAUUACUGCACUACUCAGUUUGAUACAACACAGAAUUGUUUUUCCAGCAAAAAAAUACAAGCUGAAGGCUGCUUUAAUUUAAGUCACUUAUCUGACAUUGCCAUUGCCGUCAAUAUUCAUAGAUUUAGUGGAUAUCAAAAUAACCGUAAGGUUUUUAUUAUGACCUCCACCCAUCCACUUUUGAUUUUUAUGACCCCACGAAGUGGGGUGCAUAUAGUGUUGCACUUGUCCGUCUGUCUGUACGUCCGGAACGUCCGUCCCGAAAUCUUGUGAACGCAACUCCUCUUAAAAACGGAUGGCAGAUUUUGCUUAAACUUCCAGGGAUGAACAACCUUAAUGUGUAGAUGGUAGUAAAGGAAGGAAUUUUUGCUACGACCAAAUUUAACAGAAUUAUGGCCCUUUGUUGAUUUUUUCACUAUUUACCAUAUAGAAAUUUUGUGAACGCAACUCCUCUUAAACAGGAUGGCAGAUUUUGCUUAAACUUCCAGAGAUGAACAACCUUAAUGUGUAGAUGGUAGUAAAGGAAGGAAUUUUUGCUAUGACCAAAUUUAACAGAAUUAUGGCCCUUUGUUGAUUUUUUCACUAUAUACCAUAUAGAAAUUUUGUGAACGCAACUCCUCUUAAACAGGAUGGCAGAUUUUGCUUAAACUUCCAGAGAUGAACAACCUUAAUGUGUAGAUAGAAGUAAAGGAAGGAAUUUUUGCUGCGACCAAAUUUAACAGAAUUAUGGCCCUUUGUUGAUUUUUCACUAUAUACCAUAUAUAUUUGUUGUCAGUGGGGGCAUCCGUGUCCUUUGGACACAGUUCUAGUUCCUUUUACAUUUGUUCCUGGUUGUUAUGUAUAUUCCCACCCAAUAAAAUGACCAUGUGCCAAUUUAAAGAAUGAUGAAUCAAUUAUGGAAAACUGUAUGAUAGGGUUGUGAUGUAGACAAGAGUGUACAUGUGACUUCAGAAAAAAAUCAACAAAAUUUAAUCGAUUACAGGAAGUGACAAUUAAACAGGAAAAUUGCAAAACUUUACAAGCAAAUUAUGUACAAUCAAACCUGUGAAAGGCCACCCAUAUUAUACAUGGUCUUUAUAGACAAGUGGUCUUUAUGCGGAGUUUAAUGUAUUUUUAUCAUUGAAGGUUUGUCCAAGUGAUUCUUUAUUUAUGCGAUGGUAUUUAUUCAGAUGCGUUCUUUAACACAAGACUGUCAAAACUUUUGAAAAAAUUUCUAUAGAAAUAUUUAUAUUUUUGUCAUGUAGAUCUACAGUGUUUAGUGUUUUUAUCAAGUAUGACAUUAUAAAUGUAUACUGUUGUUCAGUGAUAAUGGAUUUUAAAAGAAAUUGUAAAUAAAUAAAAUACAGGAAUAUGAAAUUAACCAGAAA